AUGCCUGUUGUUUCACGCCUCGUGUCCAUUGUCCUCCGUGUGGUGGAGAUCAUUUGCGCUGCAAUUGUUGCGGGCAUUAUCGGUUACUACCUGGACACUCUGGGUGACUUUGAUGCAUGGCCCCAGGCCCGCUGGAUCUAUACGGAAGUAGUCGCUGGACUAUCCAUACUACUCGGCUUAAUAUGGCUUAUACCAUUCUCCUCUGGCUUCUUUAACUGGCCAUUCGAUGUCAUCAUUUCUUUCGCUUGGUUCGCCGCUUUUGGUAUUCUUGUUGAUGCUCUGCACAAGCUCCCCUGUGGUGGCAUCUGGUCCUGGCACAAUGUCGUGGACAACAACGAAUGUGGCCGCUGGAAAGCUGCCGAGGCCUUCAGCUUUAUCUCCGCUGUCGUUUGGCUUGUUUCGGCGCUUGUGGUUCGUACUCCUGCUGCAGAGCUUGAGUUUCUGAUUCUAACAGCAUCAAUCAGGGCAUCUGGUUCACGUUCCGCGUCCGUCGCUCCGAGGCUCCUCGCCGCGGAUUCUUCAGCCGCUCCGCUGUCUAAAUCAAUCUCUCGAUGGAGCUUCCACAACUACGUCAGCCUCGCAUUGGUUUAUGUGCACCACGCUGUUGAACGAGGAGACCGAAAUUAUCCCCUACAUGUCCUGGAACCAGAGGAUGGCUCCGACAGCAGUGCAUUCGUGUCUGUUGUACGGGAAAGUUCCGACUCCGCAGGAGCCGCCGGCCACGUUCAGAGUCCCGAUCAGCCACUCCUCCCGACUACGUCUCCUCAGCCACCAAAGGCAAAUGAACGAUUCUCAUGCACUGUUUCGGGAAUUCGAGCCUGGGUCAAAGGACCAGCGAUCCCGCACAAAUACCGAAUUAACCCUUGGUUUCCCCGAUGGCAAACCGCCCCGGGUCGUCUCGUGGAUCGAUACUUCCCCAGUACGACUGCGAAAGUGUGGCUUCUCCUAGCAUGUCUGGGUGCUUGGGGCGCUGUGUUCCUCGAAAUACUGGACUGGUCUGUGUCUGGACAGGAAAUCCCCGGAUACGGUAGUCCUGUCAAACUGUCGUGCUCUGGAAGGCUAUGGUCCAAUGCUACGGACUGCGGUCUUAAUGGUGAUGCUUGUCGUCCUUUUGACCAUGGAUCAUUCGCAUUUCGUUGCCCGGCGGGUUGCGCAGCAUCUAUGGUGCUUGAACCGUACUAUAUUGGGCCCGAGGAAAUCAAUUAUCAAAGUUUGAUCAUCGGAGGUAGUCCUGAGGACCCUGAGAAGGAUACCAUCGGUAUCUACCGAGGUGACUCUGCGAUCUGUCCCGCUGCAGUACAUGCUGGUAUUGUGAACGACCAGACGGGUGGGUGCGGUAUCCUUCACCGAACAGGCGAACAGAGCAACUUCCAGUCAGUCCAAAAGAAUGGAUUGACUAGUGUCGGGUUCCCUUCAUACUUCCCGCUUUCCUUCACGUUCGGGAGUGAAGAACCCUCGGACGACGACACCUUCAGUUGUCAAGAUCUUCGAUGGCCUUUGUUCUCGUUCUCUUUGGUCGUAUCCACGAUACUCUCUUUGUUUAUCACGUCCUCUGCAGCAUUCUAUGCCUCUAUUUUUUUCAUCGUCUACUUUCAGGUGGCCCUAUCUUCUGAUCCGCCCUAUUCGCCGGAUUACUACGAGAUAGUGUCCAUUGGACUGGGUCGGUUCCUGCCCUGUGCCUUUGUGGGCUUCGCAAUAUAUUACUUCUGCGUCAGGCACACCCUGAGAGACCUGGACGCCCAUUGGGAUAAAACGGUCCUCUGGCUGGGUGCAUGCUGGGUUGGAGCGCUCAAUACCGACACGUUCGACAAAAUUCCCAUCUCGCGCCUGACUCCACAUGAUAUACAGCAACAGCCGGGUGCUAUUCCAGCAUUAAUCAUCAUUAUCGGCGUGCUCUGCUUUGUGGUGAUCACGCAGGCUCUGGCCUUUCGAAACGAAGGACGACUUCCCCGGAUGCUCGCGCUGUACGGGAUCAUGACAUGCGGCAUUCUAGGCCUGGUCGCUGUUCCGCGUAUGAAUCUACGCAUUCAUCACUACAUCCUCAGCCUCCUUUUCCUGCCAGGAACCACUCUCCAGACCCGACCGAGCCUUCUCUACCAAGGCCUACUUAUUGGGCUUUUUAUCAACGGCAUCGCCCGGUGGGGCUUCGAUAGCAUCUUACAGACACCUGGUGCUUUGCUGAAUGGCGCUCAACUCGGCAGCAUGCUGCCCGAGAUCGCACCGCCUUUGAUUUCAUCGGACCAAAGCAUCGUCUUCUCAUUCCCUAAUGUCACCGAAGAUGCGGAUGGCAUCGGUGUGCUCGUCAACGACGUUGCCCGUUUCCAGGCUUUCAAGGCGGACAAUGGCACAGUUGAAUCGUUCAGCUGGCGACGUCACAAGACCGGCGAACCUGAAUACUUCCGAUUUGGCUUUCUAAAAAUGAACGCCCUUGGCGGAAUAUGGUACGAAGACUUCUCACGACCGGCUACUUGGGAGUCUGAUGGGCGCUGGAAUUCGACAGAAUCCGAUGGAUGA